AAAACUUUUUUAGUACCUGCACAACACAAAAAGAGCCACAAAGACUUCGCAGAGCCAUGAGCUAACCUUCCCGAUCUCCUUAGACUACGGUGUUUAUCAUGAUAAAGUUAUUUCUGUAUCUGACUCUAAUCUCCAUAGCUUUUGAUUACUGUAUUGCCAGUAAUAACUUUAGCAAAAAUCCUGAUGAAAAGAGUGAUUGUUCGAGGCAGCAUUGUCGUAUUGACGUGGCCGACGAAGGACCGUGCUUGGACGAUGGAAGAGCAAGACUUUACCGCUGGGACCCAGUCAAGGUUGGACACAAGCGGAGGGUUAAACUCGAGGAGGGCAAGACUGUUUCGAUGAUAACACGAGCGAUACAGCCUCCCAUAUUUGAAAUUCCUAAUUUUCUUUCCGAUGAGGAAUGUGAUUACAUCUUGAAAAAAGCAAAAAAAGCGGGAAUGCACUCGAGUGAUAUCCAUCUUGACCCCAUCACAGACAAAUACAAGAAAAUGAUUAGGUCUACCGAGGGUCAUUCAAACAGCACGGCUGGUUACUUUCUCAAUUGGGACGUGGACAGGGAUUUUCAAAUCACCAAGAAAGAGAUUAUGAUCUUUGCUGAGAGGGUUAAAUAUCUGGCUUUGGAAGACUACGACAUUGAGGAAAUGAUCGAAAACUUGGAUCUCAAAGAACUUAAAGAUGACGGAGUGAUUGAUUACGAGGAGUGGAAAACCUUUCCCACCCAGGACAUCGACAUGUACAUGAACAAUCUUAAAGAGCAUCACCCCCACCACAAGGACCGCUUCAGCGACCAGGUGUGGCUAUUCCAGGGGCGCAAGGCUGAUAAGAAUCUAAGGAUUCUACGAGAGAGGAUCUUAAAACUAACUCGUCUGUCAAAGGAGAUCAUAUAUGGCUCUGAGCCCCUGCAGGUUGUCGGGUACAAGAAACGUGGACAUUAUAACGCUCACUACGACGGCACAAGGAAAUCAGACUUUCCUGAGACAUCGUGUUGCCACUUCAACCUGCUACGCGUACCCUUCUGCCGUCUGUGCAGGUAUAUCACCAUCCUUUAUUACCUUAAUGAUGUCGAGGAAGGAGGAGAGACGGCAUUCCCUGUAGCGGACGUACCCAACUUUAACGAGACGGAUUUCCGCGAGAGACGAGAUGGUGACCUGUACAACUUGAAUCGCUUUUGCCACUCUGCCAAGGUUGUUGUCAAACCAAAAAAAGGCAAAGCGAUCAUGUGGUACAACUUCCUGCGUGACGAAAAAACGGGCUGGAUGGGAGUACGUGACGACAACUCAUUACAUGGCGGAUGUGACGUCAGAAAGGGCGAAAAGUACAUAGCCAAUAACUGGAUCCCAGCCCCUGAAGCUGACUCGGCUAACGAGACCAGUGACUACCUAGACCCUGAGGAAGUUCCACAUGGGAAGUUUGUCAAGAAGAAUUCUAAAAAAUCGAAAAAGGCGACCAAAAAGACGAAAAAGUCAAAGAAAAAGUCGAAAAAAUCUAAAAAGGACUGAAUCUAGAAGAAUUGUGUAGAAUGUUAUUUAUUAGGAAUCUAAAGUAGAAUAAUUGUGUUAUCUUAUGCUUGUGGCGGGGAGUGCUGAUUGACUCCGACACGACACUUGGUAUCUGGCAUUUGGUAUUUGGCACGACUGGGCCAAUAAUGGUAUUUGGUAUUUGGCACGACUGGUGCCAAUAAUGUGUGUAUGCUAGUGUGCUUUUAAAGUCCACAUUUAUGUAUACAUACUCGCAAGGAUAGUUUGGCUAUAGCAAAGGUCAUGCGUGACACAUGGAUCUAAGCUGUUGUUUUAAGCACUUCGAGUCGACGACGCCCUGCAGUUUAUUGCCGAUGAAGUUUAACUGAGGCAAACCGGCUAUCUGGCUAUGCCAUGCUGACGAGUCCUAAUGAGGACAAAACAGCUGUCCAUGGUUGCCGAACUGCACGGGAAAUAGAAUGUGCUAGCUUCACUUCUUGGCCCUACUGGUGCCGAUGUGUGUAUGCUAGUGUGCUGUUUAAGUCCCCAUUUAAAGUAAGACAUUAUCGACAAGAUAUAUAUUAACAAAUGUUCGACAAAAACGACCGUCUGUUUGGAGGGUGAAAUUAUGAAUGAAGCGGGGUUUCUCGUAUCAGAUAUGCGCGGGACAAAAAGCAAAUCUAGCAAACAGGAAUGAAGGCAUUUCAUUUGAGAAAAGCCAUCGCCUGAUCAAAGAGAUAACAGACGCUGUGGUUGCUAUACCUUUACAAUAUUUUACAAAAUAAAAUCCAUUCAAAUAUAA